UUUUUUUUUUUUUUUUUUUUUUACCCUUUCACUUAAAUUUGAUAAAUUCAGCCAGUUAGAACUGACAGUUGAGUUUCACGUGAUGGUGUACGAGUAUGUUACCAAAUUUAUUUCAGCAUAUGAACACUCAGCGCAAACGUUCAAUGAUAAAAAUAAAUUAGAAUUAUCUGAAAAAUGCCUCUAUGUCCUGAAUGGGGAAUAGGCUAUCUGAAACCCAGACAGUCUUCCAUAAGUUAGUUUUCUGACUUGUAAAAUGUUUGCCUUGAUGUCAGAACCAGGACUUAAACCACUGAACUGUUACAACAGUCUGUGUCAUGGCAUUCAGCUGUCUUUAUUGAGUAAACUUGGGAUUAGUCUAGAUCCUGAUUACCAAAACAAUGUUGAUGACGUCCCCAACAUGGUGGUGCUGACUUUACCACCCCUACAUUCUUAUGGGAAAAGCACGGGAAUAUGGGGGUUUGGGCGGGGAACAUUCACAUGCUUGUUUUGCAUAAACCACAUUUGUCUAUCAAACUAACUUUUGGGUGUCGUAUUCAUUACUACAUCCAUACCUAUUCUAGUAUAGGACACAAUACCAAAUUAAUUUUUCCCACUGCAUCGUGUUCGAUACAUCAGUCCUACCUACUUUUAGGUUAAGACACAAUACCGAAAUAAUAUUUUCCUCAGUAUUGUGUUCUAUACUUAAGCCCUACCUACUUUAGUAUAGGACGCAAUACCGAAUUAAUAUUUCCCAGGGUAUCGUGUUCUCUACUUCAGUCCUACCUAUUAGGUAUAAAACACAAUACCGAAGAUAUGUUCCCUAUGGUAUCGUAUUGCUGUAAGAACAUAGAGGUUGUAAUUACUUCAGCACAACCUUGUUGCUGACUUCAUCAAUAUCACUGCCAUAUCACAAUGUAAAUGUGCACGUGUGUGUAUGUAUAUGUUUGUGUAUAUAUGUGUGUGUGUAUGUAUAUGUGUGUGUGUAUUUGUGUGUGUGUGUGUGUAUAUAUUGAAGGGUACUUGUUGCAGAUCAGCAAAUAACCUCCAACCCACGCAUGGAUAAACUAUAAAAAAGUACCCUCACAAGAUAUGUACCUUAAAACAAAUGACAAUGUCCUAAGCUGGAUUAGGAAUGGCUACUAGAGCUAAUGAAGAACAAAGACAAUUCCUUUUUCACAGUGUUGAAGACCACAGGAAGCAAUUCCCUAAUUGCAAAAAAACUUCAUUAAAACGAAAAUUUGUUUAAGUUGGAAUUAUUAUUUUACUAAGCACCUAAGUGUUCAUUUAAAAAAAUGUAUUUUGAAAAUAAAAUGAUAUCUAUUAGCAUCUUUAAUUUAUUUGCAUGUUUUAAUUUGUUACCCUUUUUUUACCCAUAUUCAAGGCCGAUGUUGUGCGGGCUUAAUUUAAAUUUACUAAAGGAAUUUUUUAUAUUGUCAUUUAACGGAAAAGGGGAAAAAAUAAGGGUUGGGGAACCUAGAAUUACGAAGUUAUUUAUUUCCCCCCCAAAGGCUGUGUCAAAGAUUAUAGGAAGAAAUUCACGGAAUGCAAGAAAAAAAAUCAUCAAGACGUAAAUUUGUUUAAGUUUGAAUUAAGACGCUUUUUAUAAACAUUCCAAAUCUGUAUUUCUUUUACUAAAAAAUAUUCAUUGAAAAAUAAUAAAAAAUAUAACAGCAUUUAAAAUUUAUUAGUGAGUUUUAAUUUUUAAACCUACAUUGCCAUAUUCAAUGGCAAUGCGGCACGGGUUAACGUUAAAAUUUUUAAAAGAUAUUUUGUAUAUCGUCAUUUUAAAGGGAAAGGAAAACAAAUGAGGUGUGGGCAACCCGGAAUUACAAAGUUUUUUUUUCAUCCCUACAAAUGAAUUGGUCCAUGCAAAAAGGGCUUCAGUCCAUUUUUUCCGCAAUUCCAGUUUGAAUAUGCAACAUUACCUAAGAAGGUAAAUACACAUUUCUACGCCAAAAAGACUUCAGUCCAAUGCACUGUUACCGUAGUAACAGACUGUUAAUUUCACUGUUCCAUGCAGCAAGGGCUUCAGUCCUGGACUGAAGCCCCUUUUGCAUGGAAUAAAGUUUGGGAAUUUUUGUUGUAGCGGCGCACUAUUGAAAUAUUCUGUGACAUUAUGUUUCCUAACCUGUUAUUCAAAAUGUUUAUAACAAAAGAAUGUUGAAUAUGCAGUUUGUUUGUUAAAUGAUGGUAAAUUAGUAAGUUUUAUACAAAGAUAUUGUUAAAUAAUGUCAUCAGAAAGUGAAGGCACAGACAAUGUAGAAGAAAGAGGUAUAAAGAGGAAAAGUACACCAUCUUCUUGGAAAAGAAAUAUAAGAAAAACUGCAAGAUGUAAAGGGGAGGAAUACCUAACCUCCAAAGGCAAUUUGAUUCCAGCCAGAACAACAGGACCUCCAUGCAGGUAGGUCUAUAACUACCAAUGUUAUCUAAAGCUUGUAUUUGUUAUAUACAUUACAAUAUUAGGCACUUACUUAUGUAUUUCUGAUAUCAAGAGAAUUAGUUUUAGUAGGCCUAAAUCUCUCAAUGCACUAUAUAUAUUUCCUUUAUUUUCCAACAAUCACAAAAAUAUUUAUCGUUAUGUUUUCAGAUGUCAGAGAAUGAAGUGUUUUGAGAAGAUCUCAGAUGAUGAAGCUAUUGAUGUGCUAAGACGUUUGCAUGAUUUGCCUACAAAAAAUCAACAAGACACAUUUAUUCAAUCUCUGAUUGAUAUACAUGAUGUUGAUCGCCGUCGACCUCGGAAGAAAGAGGGGGCAAGAAUUGUUGACAAAGUUUACAAAUACUAUGUUAUUAUAGGCCAUGUAAAGAGAGAGGUAUGUUACAAAGCUUUCUUAUCAUUGUUUGCUAUUACUGAUAAACGAGUGAAGAGGAUUAGAAAACUUGCUUUAUUGGGCAAAAGUCCCGUUGAUGAAAGAGGGAAAACAUCAAGUGCUAACACACUUCCACCUGAAGUUCGGGAAAAAAUUAGAAACCACAUUCUUAGCUUUCCAGUUAAAUGCACAAAAUACACUGGUAAAACAAAAUCAUAUCUCGAUGCCAGACUGUCUGUAAAGUCCAUGUAUAAUCUAUUCAAAGAUAAAAAUCCUGACAUUAACUGCAGUUAUCAGUUUUUCAUUAAGUUUUUCAAUGAAAACUUUUCUCUAUCAUUUGGCAGACCCCAGGUUGAUUGCUGCUGUACUUGUGAAGAGUUAAAACUUAAAAUUAAAAGCCCUCACAUAAAUGAAGCAGCCAAGAGGUGUGCGGCAGCGGAACUAAUGAUUCACAGAAGGAGGGCAAAGAAGUUUUAUAAUGAACUUAAAAAAGAACGAGACUGCAAAACUGAACCACACGUUCUGUCCAUCUGUAUGGAUUAUAUGCAAAAUAUUCAAUUGCCACGAAUCCCAGUUCAAGAGACUUUCUAUAUGAGGCAGUUAACAGUCAAUGUUUGCUGCAUACAUAACAUAAAGGAACAUAGUGCUAUGUUAUACCUUUAUCAUGAGGGUACUGCCAACAAAGGCCCAAAUGAAGUGUGCUCACUUUUAACGGAUUAUUUGAACACGGUUCCUCCAGAAAUUAAGGAGAUAAGGAUUUUCUCUGACAACUGUUCUGGCCAAAACAAAAACCACUCACUGGCACGUUUGUUAUUGGCUUUAACACAAACUGGUCGAUUUAAUAAAAUAGAACAGUUCUUCCCCAUCAGGGGUCAUUCGUUUCUCCCCUGUGACCGAGAUUUUUCAAUGAUUAAAAGACAGCUGAGGAAACAUGACCGUUUAUAUUCCUUAAGAGAAAUCACUGAAUUAGUAAUCAAGAGCAGUAAUAAUAAUAAGUUUAUGGUGACACAUGUGAAAUCGGAACACAUAUUCGAUUACAAAAAUUGGUGGCCUCAAUAUUACAAAAAGUCUGUCGUUUCAGAAGAAACGCGCCCGAGAUCAGUUCCAAAAGAUGAUAAGCAACAGUUUGGCAUAAGUUCCUUCAUGCAUUUUUCUUUUAGUCAAGAAAUGCCUGGAACAAUUGUUGCACGAAAAUUUAUCAAUGGUAUGAUACUACAUACUUUUGGUUUGCGGCAAGCAAUGACGAACCCCGAAUUUCCACCAUGCAUUGCUUAUCCAGAAAGGAAGGUCCCCAUUAAAAAAAAGAAACUAGAUGACAUACGAAAACUUCUGCCCUAUAUUCCCGAGGAGCAUAAACAAUUUUACAUUGAUAUUUCUAACUGGCCAACAGCUGAAAACAUUGAUUUGGAAGUACAAGAUGAUUAACUGGAGAACAUUGAUUUGUAGGUACAAGAUGAUUAACUAACUGUGUAUAAUUUAAUUUUUGACACACUGUACAUGAGUAAAUAAACUAAUAUGUAGUAAAAUAUAACAUAUUGUAUCUUCUUUUCUACCAUUUUGUUGGAUAAGAAACAAUUAAAAUAAUAUAUAUACUAAAAUAACAAUAAAAUAUAAAAGAGUGUUUAAUAAAAUACUUUUCCAUGCAAAAAUGGCUUCAGUCCAACAUAUUUUAUAAUUUUUUUUCGACAAACUAUAUACAAGAACAGUAAUAUAGAUAAUUCAUAUGAGUGGUGAAAUUGUUAGGUACCAUAUUAAAAAAAGGUGUUAUUAUAUUAUUAAAAUCUUCUGGCGCAGACAGUUUUUUGUGUUUUUCUCAAAAACACUUAUUUGGACUAAAGACCUUUUUGCAUGGAUCGAUUCA